CCGAGAAAUAACUCCCAUUCACGCACCAAGAUGAGAUGGGUUGCGACGUUCACAGUGCUGUGGACGGUAUUGACUUCGGUGGCUGGUGGUUGUUGCAAUAACGAUUGCUCUGGGCGGGGCAAAUGCACGAUUGUGGGCAGUGGGUGCAUUUGUCAGUGUUUUGCAGGGUUUGCUGGAGCCGACUGCUCGAGACGAGCGUGCCCCGUGGGCAAGUCGUGGUCGUCGUUCGCUGCUGCCACCGACGUGGCGCACCUUCCGGACGUGUGUUCGAACCGUGGGGUGUGCGACGAAAGCUCGGGCGUAUGUCAAUGCGAUCCUGGCUUCACCGGGGCGGCUUGCGACCGCCUCGCGUGUCCCCUAGGUUGUUCGAAUCGGGGGGAGUGUCGGUCGAUCAAGUUCCAAGCGACCCAAAAGGACAAGGGGAUGCCCCCGCCGGUGGUGUACACGGCCAACUGGGACAGCGACAUGGUGUACGGGUGCCUUUGCCACGACGGGUUCUACGGCGCCGACUGUUCGCAACGCCGAUGCCCCACCGGCGACGACCCGCUCACUGGGUUCACGGGCGACCCCAUAUUUGGACAGCAGUUUAACGAAAAGCAAAGUGUCUCGUGCUCCUCCACGGGGGGGUCGUUUACAUUGAGUUUUCGAGGCCAGACCACCGUCCCCAUCAACUCGAACGACCCCGUGGAUGCCAUGACUUCCAAACUUCAGGCAAUUUCGACCAUCACCCAAGUGCUCGUGCUGUUCUCUAGUACGGCCACCACAGCGUGUCCCCCUGGCGGGAACGUCAUUGUCGUGGAAUUCGUUCAAGACUUUGGCCCGCUACCGCUGCUUGUGGGGAACCCCAACAACUUAGUGUACACCAACGUGGGCGGGAGCGUCGCGCUCACCGUGGCGCGACUGCAAGUGGGCAACAAGGAAAACCUGCCGUGCUCGAACCGCGGCACAUGCGACGUCACCAGUGGUAUAUGCGCAUGCUACGAUGGAUACACCACCAGUGACGGCAAGGGCGGUUGGGGAAUUCGCGGCGACUGCGGCGGCGUGCUGGGGUCGAUCACCGCCUGUCCGGGAGUGGUCACGUGCAGCGGACAUGGCUAUUGCACCGGCAGUCCCCAAUAUGCAUGUGUUUGCUUUGGCGGGUGGACGUCCGGCGAUUGUUCCGUCCGAACGUGCCCACAAGGCCCUGCGUGGUUUGACAUGGCCGUUCAAAGCAACGACGCGCACCGAUACGCCAUUUGCUCCAACGCAGGCGUGUGUGAUUCCGCCACCGGCGUGUGCAAUUGCGCGCCAGGAUUUGAAGGCUCGGCAUGCCAGCGCAUGCGCUGUCCGGGCGUCGGCGACCCUCCGUGCUCUGGGCGGGGCCAGUGCUUGACCCAAGAGCGGCUCGCCCUUCUCACCACCGCCAAUGGCGACCCCACACCGCUGGUGUACGGCUCCAUUCCCAACAACCCAGCGACUUGGGACUUCAACAAGAUCCAGGGUUGCGUCUGCGACAAGGGCUACGGCGGCCACGACUGCUCCCAGCGAGUGUGCCCCACUGGCGACAAUCCUCGGACCACAGGACAGUCGAAUGAAGUGCAAACCAUCACGUGCACAGCAAUAACUGCGUCGACGUUUCAGUUGCGGUUUCGAGGUGCGACGACGGUGCCCAUCUCGACGGCCGCAACAACUGCCCAGAUGGCAUCGGCAUUGCUGCCGGUAACCGGGUUUGUCCGUGUGACGUACGCCAGUGGCGUGGUGGCGUGCAAGGCCAGCGGGCCGGCAAACGUCAUCACAGUUGCGUUUGUGACGGAAUUGGGCGAUCUACCAGCUAUGCAGGUCACAGGUGUAGAUGCGACCAAGAUCUCUUCCUUUGUGAUCAACACUGACGGCGUCGCGGGAUCCGUGCAAGGCACGACGGAGAACAUCGAGUGCGCGGGAAGCGGACUGUGCGACCGCGCAAAAGGAGUGUGCUUGUGUUUCUCCGAGUACUCGUCAAGUGAUAGUGCCAACGCGCCUGGCAUCCGCGAAGAUUGCGGGUCCAUUCGGCAGCAACCACUGUAUUCAUAAUACACAUUUUGAUUGGGUAGCACGAUUUGGCUGCAGCCAAUCAAACACAUAACAUCAAGUUGAGA